UCAUUAAGGAUUCCUUCCCAAAGCCAUUUUGUUUUUCAGGGCUCUCUGCAAGGGUACCUGGAGCGAAUUUACUUCAAAGCAGCAGCUGCAGUUGCGGUAGAUCCCUCUGCACUUCCACCAUGUUUCCCUUGGUCAAAAAUGCUCUGAGUCGUCUCCAAGUUCGAAACAUUCAGCAAACAAUGGCAAGGCAGAGUCACCAGAAACGUGUACCUGAUUUCCAUGACAAAUAUGGUAAUGCCAUAUUAGCUAGUGGAGCCAUUUUCUGUAUUUCUGUAUGGACAUAUACAACAACACAAAUUGGAAUAGAAUGGAACCUGUCCCCUGUUGGCAGAGUCACCCCAAAGGAGUGGAGAAAUCAGUAAUCAUGCCAGCUGAUGUAAUACUGAAUUUCAAAACCAACUCAAAAUUGAUGCCAAGUAAAAGCACUGUGUACCUACUAAAUAUGGCAUUUAUUGAAGAAAUAAAGUAUGCUUGAAACAAUCA